AUGGGGGAUUCACAACAAGGAAAUAACAAAGGAAAGGGCAAAGAGAAAGAAAACUAUGAAUCUUGGACCAUGGACGAUACCAAUGAGUUGUUGCAUCUCUUGGUGGAUGCUAUCAAUAGUGGAUUGCGUGAUGCUAAGCAAAAUGUAGAAAGAGUGAUACUUCCUCGUCUUAAUGCGAAAAUUAGAUUCCCAAAAACUUAUAAUCAUUAUUUGAGCCGAAUGAAGUGGUUUAAGAAGCAAUAUAACAAGAUGUCAAUGCUUAUGCGUAACAACUCUGGCUUAUUGCGUAACAAAGCGCAAGGUUUUACCCUUAUUUCAAGGUAUGAUUGCAUUGGAGCUAUUGAUGGUACACAUAUUCCGGCAAUGGUGAGGGGACGAGAUGUAAGCAGUUAUCGUAAUCAUCAUGGAAAGAUAUCACAAAAUGUAUUAGCUGCUUGUAACUUUGAUUUGGAAUUCAUGUAUGUUCUUAGCGGGUGGGAGGGUUCAACUCAUGAUUCAAAGCUACUAAAUAAUGCUUUAUCAAGGAGGAAUGGACUUCAAGUGCCCCAAGGUAAAUAUUUCCUAGUAGAUUGUGGAUUUCCUAAUCGGCGCCAAUUUUUAGCUCCAUUUCAAGGUGUGCGAUAUCAUCUCCAAGAUUUUGCAGGUCAUGUAGACGAAUCUUCUUCAUCUUCAGUAUUACCAGUUAAUGAAGAAGAGAAUUUGGAACCUAUUGUUCAAAUCCAGGAGCAGCAACGAGAAAAUGCUAAUGCAUAA